GACAGCACACACACUGAUGUAUGUGUGUGGUACAAGUGCGGUGGGCACGCCGAGGGAAGGGGAGGGUGUUACUCUCUGACAGGCUGCUGUGUACAUUAACCUUUCAAUUAGUUGUUAUCGCGUCGUGUCUCGAGCUCGGAGGCGUCCUUCGCGCGCUCGUCACGUCAUUGUCCCCGUUCUCUAAAAUUCACUUCCCAGCGAGUAACGAAGAGGAGCGAGGAGGAGGCCGCCGAGAAAACUUGACAAGGUAACACCAGGCAGCAGCAACAGCAGCAGCAGCGCCGCCGCCAGUCCACACCACAGCCCCCGCUCCGCAACGCGCACUCAAGGCCUUGGAGGGAUUUUCUGAAAGUUUUCCUUCACGAACUGGCGUUUUGAUGGUAGAACUGAGGAAUUUCCGGCUGCACCAUCACAUUUCUGCAAUUCAGCUGCCAGCUCCCUCUGGGAUUUACAGAAAUGCCACAUGCCGGGCUACAUGGUUUAUUUUUGGGGUCACUUUCCAAAUGUGACUGUGCGUUUAACAUGCGAUGAAGAAAAGGAUGUCUCUGGACUUCACUUCCAUGCCAGCCGCUAAUCAGCCAUGGUGAAGCUGGCCAAUCCGCUGUACACGGAGUGGAUUCUUGAAGCAAUACAGAAGAUCAAACGGCAGAAGCAGAGGCCUUCGGAGGAGAGGAUCUGCCAUGCUGUCUCGGCCUCCCGCAGACUUGACAAGGAGACGGUCCUCCAGCACUUGGAGCUAAGUGUUCGCGAUGGCUCCGUCCUUAAGGUUAUAAACAAGGGCUGCACGUCUUACAAAGACCCUGAAAAUCAUGGGCGGAUAGCAUCUCUCAAAUCUGGGUCAUUAUCCAUCUCUGUAAUGGGAUCUGUGUGGACAUCCAGUGACUUGCAGUGUGUCGAUUGGAAUAAGAUUCUAAAGAGGGCUGUUGAAGAUCUGGGUAACCCGCAGGGGUCCUCUCUAAAGAAUGUUGAGAGGUACCUCAGAAAGCAGGAUGAUCUGUCCGCAAUUGUCAGCAACCCGGCGUUCCAGCAGCGCUUGCGCUUGGCUGUCAAGCGGGCUGUGACCAAUGGGAGGCUGCUGAAGGAUGGGCCGCUUUACAGGCUGAACUACGGAAGCGGAAGGGGUGGCACCGCUUCUCAAGUUCCUCCAUGCCUGAUGCAGAUGACUCUCCUCCCACACGAGAAAGACCAGCCUCGUGCAGACCCCAUCCCAAUCUGCAGUUUCUGUUUGGGGAGUAAGGAGACCAACCGGGACAGGAAACCAGAGGAGCUGCUAUCCUGUGCAGACUGCGGGAGCAGUGGCCACCCAUCAUGCCUGAAAUUCUCCCCUGAGCUGACCUCCAAUGUGAAGGCCCUGCGCUGGCAGUGCAUCGAGUGCAAGACCUGCAGCUCCUGUCAGAUUCAGGGCAAAAAUGCAGAUGAGAUGCUGUUCUGCGACUCCUGUGAUCGGGGCUUUCACAUGGAGUGCUGUGACCCUCCGCUUGCGCGAAUGCCAAAAGGAAUGUGGGUCUGCCAAUUGUGCCGGCCCAAGGACCAGGACAUGCAGUUCCUGCACCGGCGUGCUGCCCAGAUUAAACGGCGCUACGUUCGUCCGGUGGGGCGGCCGAGAAGCAAGCUGACUCUACCAUCAGGGUCUCUGGCUUCUGGAGAGGGAUCUGUGGUAGCCCUGGCAGGAGGGGGUUCACCUGGUAGGAGUCUAAAGGUCACGGUGUGUUCCACAUCCUCAUCUGGUCACGUUGGAUCUAUAAAGAACACCAGGAGUCAACCAGCGCCACCUGAGCCCCAUUGGAGCAGUGAACACACUCUAUUGUCCAACACCAUUGCCAGUACCCCCUCCAAAACUCCACCACUUACACCCCCAUCUCCUUGCUCCACGCCUGCCUUGAACAGGAAGGCCAGAGGACUCAUUGACGGUCUGUCCAGAUUCUUCACGCCUUCGCCUGUUGGACGCAGGCCCCGUAGUGAUGUGACUGACCCCUCAAAGCAAGGUUGGCCCAGGGGAGACAGCCCCCAGGGUCGAGCGCUCGCAGAUUCCACACAGAGAUUGUCCGUGCCCCUCACCCCAUCGCCCCUGCCUGGCCGGAGUCCCCCUUGCCAAAAGUCCAGCAGUUCCCCCAAGAGCUCCUCCAGCCAGUCCAGUGCCCCCUCACUGAGUGGCCUUCCCAGCCGCAGCCAGCUGAAAAGCUUGUUCGAUGGCCUAUCGCACAUCUACGCCACGCAAGGCCCAGCACGGAGAAAGGGCCGUCCUAGCUACGCCCCCUCAAGGCGUUCGCUCCUCUCCUCCCCCUCCGCUUCUCCCUCCUCCACCCCCACAUGGGGAUUACCACGGGGACGCACGUUCAAAACCACCAUGCACUUCAGGCAAGGCAGCAUCCUCAAAAAGCGCAGGAUGCUGGGCAGGUUGUGGUACAAAGCCAAUGCUCAGAAGGGCGCCACUUUGCCAGGACCACAGGCCCUGUCAGACAGAGGAAUUAAACCCGAACAGCAGCAUGGCAGCCGACCUUGGAAGCGGCCCAGGCCAGAUCCUCCGGAGGUGGGAGCGGCCUCACCGGGGACUUGCGUGGCGGCGGAGGAUGUUGACCUGUUCAAGCGUGUGCAAGGGCUUUCCGUGCAGAAAGCGGAGAGCGUAAGCAGUGCAGACAAUGGGCGUUAUCCUGCAUACAUAGAGUUUGGGAACUAUGAAAUCCAAACGUGGUACUCCUCGCCUUACCCACCCGAGUAUUCCAGGCUGCAGAGGUUGUACAUCUGCGAAUUUUGCCUCAAGUAUAUGAAGAGCAAGAGCAUCCUGCAGCAGCACUCGAGCAAGUGUGGCUGGUUCCACCCUCCAGCCAAUGAGAUCUACAGGAAGGAUGAUCUCUCUGUCUUUGAGGUGGAUGGAAAUGUCAGCAAAAUUUUCUGCCAAAACCUGUGCUUGUUAGCCAAGCUCUUCCUAGAGCACAAGACUCUUUACUACGACGUGGAGCCUUUCCUCUUCUACAUCCUGACGAAAAAUGAUGAGAAGGGCUGCCACCUCGUCGGGUACUUUUCAAAGGAGAAGCUAUGCCAGCAGAAGUACAAUGUCUCCUGCAUAAUGAUCAUGCCUCAGUACCAGAGGCAGGGCUUUGGCAGGUUCCUCAUUGACUUCAGUUAUUUACUCUCCAAGCUCGAGGGUCAGCCGGGCUCCCCAGAGAAGCCAUUGUCCGACCUGGGCCGCUUGUCCUACUUGGCAUACUGGCGCAGUGUUAUCUUGGAGUACCUACAGGAGUAUUCAGGCAAGCCACUCAGCAUCAGUACCCUGAGCAGGGCAACGGGAAUCUGCCCACAUGAUAUCGCCACUACCCUGACACACCUCCACAUGGUGGACGUCCGUGAUGGCAGGUAUGUGAUUGUUUGGAAGGAGAGGGCCAUCCAGGAGCACAUGGAGCGACUGAGAGCAAGCCCACUGCGCCACAUCCUGCAUCCCGAGUGUUUGCGGUGGUUCCCUAGGGGUAGGGGCUCUGAGGAUGAGCGUCAGACCCAGCCUCAGGCUGAGCUAUUGCUGGAACAAGGCACAAGCUGCAAGAAGGAUCAGCAGAAUCUCAGCAGCUGGUCUCCGUUCACCAAGGUCCAGUCUAGGAACAUUCUGGAAGGCCGAUCCCGAAGUGGGCGCAGCUCCUUCCAUGCCAGCGCAGGGAGCAGUGCGGACGAGGGGGACCAUGACCGCUCACUCCCCAUUUCAGAGACUUCGAAGGUCAAUUUAGGCCUUACCAGGAAGAAAAACGUCAUAUUCAGACGGAAACAGGGGCGAAAGAGGAAGCGUAUCAACAGCAGCGUUACCACAGAGACAAUCUCUGAAAGGACAGAGGUGUUGAAAGAGCCCCUGGAGGACACGGAUGAUGAAGGGUCCGUCCCGUGUGCAGAGCGUGCUUCCAGGAUGGGCUCCGAUUCGCUAGGAGAACACGUGCAGCAGCGGCGGCCACCUUCAAAAGCUGAAGAGAAUAACAAUCACAGCUGUACAGCUGAAGAGGCAGACACAGAGGAUGUGAAAGGCUCUGGCUGCCCUGCGGUAACAGUGGACCGUCACAGAGCUGUUAAACGUAAAAAGGGCUGGCCCAAGGGAAUGAAGCGUGGACCAUCCAAGUGCAGACUCCAGGGCGAGAGGAAGAACGGCUUCAAGCUCAACCUUUACACCCCACCGGAGACUCCCAUGGAGGCCGACCACAACACUCUUUUGGAGGAAUCGGAGGAACAUCAGGCAAAGGCAUUUUGUGAGGAGGAGGGACACCCAGGUAGGGGGGUGGAUCCAGCGGACGCAGUGAUGGCCACGCUGUCAUCUGAGUCCAUGGAACCACUUAACAAGCUCGAUCCGCCUGCGGACGACUCGGGUGUAGUGCGGGAUCCUGAUCUCUUGGCAGACGACCAGGGCAACCCAUCAAGCAAGGAGCAGGUUUUUAAUGUUGAAGCAGAAGCAUGUGAGGAUGAGGAUGACGAAGAGCCUGUACCUGUUGAGGAUCACGAUGCAGAUGAUGAAGACGACAGUCACGUUGAUUCUACAGAGCAAGAGAAGGUAGAGAGACCAGCAGACACCUCAGUGGACCAGCUUGGACAUUCUGAAGGUUUUUCAGAUGUAGACAAGGCUAGUUAUGAAGAUCGUGCUCUGGAAGUUCCAGCUGGUAUCUGUAGCGAGCAACUUGACCCAGAUAUUCAGCAGCAGCUUCCAGGUGAUGUCUCCCACUUUGAUCACACCCCUCCCUCAGGUGAUGCUGAUCAGUGUAACCCCACAUCUCCAUCAGAAGACAUUGGCCAUUGUCAGCACACUCCUCUGACUGGUGACAUCAUCAUUUUUGACCACACACAUUCCUCAGGAGAUAUCAUCCACUGUCAGCACAUGCCCCCAUCUGAGAUGGAUGGAAAGGAUGCUGCAGGGAGUGAAACCUUCAGGACAGUGGCCCUGAAGGAGGAUCCAACCGUCAGCAGCGAGAUCGACACAGAGACUGCACAGGCGGUGCAAUCGCUGACGCAGGAGGCAGAGGAGGAGUGUGGUUUCCAGGACUGUGUGGAGACGCAGGAGGCCUGCCGAAACCUUCAGAGCUACACCCAUGUGGAUCAGAGUCCCCACAUGGCAUCUCUGGAUGACUGCCCGCAUUCGGAGCACAGCAGCCCCCUGUCCUCCAUCCAGUCCCAUCCCAGCCAGUCUGUCCGCUCAGUUAGCAGCCCCGCCGUGUCCCUGCUGGAGAGUGGCUACGCGCAGAUCAGCCCUGAGCAGGGUACCAUACAGUCCCUCCAGGGGAUAGAUACGAGUCCCAUAAUGGAUGUGCCUUCUGUGUCAGACCCCUCGCAGCAGAUGGUGGACAGUGGCUUCAGCGACCUGGGCAGCAUCGAGAGCAACACAGAGAACUAUGAGAACCCCAGCAGCUAUGACUCCACGCUGGGCAGCAGCAUCUGCGGGGCCAGCUCCACCCAGAGCAGCUGCUCCUACAGCGGCCUGCCAUCCGGCGGACUGGGCCAGAGCAGUUGCGCGGUGAGCCAGCAGAUGGCCAGCAGCAGCUGUGGACUGGUUCAGCAGAGCAGCAUGAACUCCCCACAGAGCUGCAGUGUUAAAUCACCACAGGCCUGCGCUCUCGACCGGCCACCCAGCAGCAGCCACCAACCGCUGUCCCACUGUGCGAUGCCCUCCCGUUUUGCUCCAGCAAUGCAGCUGGCUGACAUUCCUGAGUCUGAAAGCUCCAACCUGGGCCUGUACGAUCGCCUUGGCCAGGGCGACUAUGGUGCAGGGUGCUACACGCAGCCCACGGCCACGUUCAGUCUGGCCAAGCUGCAGCAGCUCACAAAUACACUCAUGGAGCGGCCUCCCGUGCCCUUCAACCAUGCACCUUCGCACCCGCACCCCCCUUAUGCAAAUGCACCUCUCAGCAGAUCAGGCCUCGUGUCUCUGUCACAGUCCCCACAUGUACACGGAGGCCCCCAGGUGCAAGCCACCAUGACCCCUUCCCCAAACUUGACGCCACCGCCAAUCAUGCUGCAGCGCACCAUCGCUGCGUCCAACGCGAGCAUGCAGACGCAAAGGCUAAGGUCGCAGAUGAUGGCCAAAGGCCACAUGGCCAUGCGCUCGAAGUCGGCCCCGCUUCCGCACCCUCAGCAGCAGGUGUAUGGACGGGGCGCCCAAGCCGUCGCCAUGCAGGCGCCUCCCAGGGCUCUGGCAGUGCCUCGGAUGAACGUGGGCAUGAACAUCAUGCCCGCCCCGGCCUACGACAUCAACUCCAUGAACAUGACCCCGCUUAACCACACCACAAACAGCUACCAGAUGACUCAGCCCAUGAUGAACAGAGGCUAUCACAGCAACCACACCUACAUGAACCAGUCCCCGCAGUACUCGAUGCAGAUGGGUAUGAUGGGAACACAGCCAUACCCACAGCAGUCCAUGCAGGCCCCGCCCCACAGCAACAUGAUGUACAGCCCGCCAAGUCACCACGGCUACAUGAACAGUGGCAUGUCCAAACAGACCUUGAACGGCCCGUUCAUGAGACGAUGACCACAAACCCGAGUCCUCACAUCUUCUGAAGUUUGUACUGAUUCCUAAAGUACACAUCUUUUCCUGGAUUUUUGAUCAGUUUUUUUUUUUUUUAAUAAACAUUGUCAUAGUUUGUUUUAUGAUAAAACCAGCAUUUGAUAAGAAUGCAAAAAAAAAAUCUUUUGUGGUGAAAUUGUCACAUUUUAUUUUCCCUUGACAGGGAAGCCUUACAACACCGCAUUUAAAUGAGUGUUAUUUUGUGACCCGCCUCUGUCAGAUGGAGCAGAGGUGGUGUAGUAGCCUGCAAGAUGUAACGGAUCUCUUUAACGUGCCUGUUACACAUGUAAUAUGGCAAGCAGGCCCCUCUAGGGGCACCUGUUGAUCCAGUGCGCCAUUUACAGUUAUGUUGUAUACUCAUGCCUUUCCCUAUUUAAAUUAUUCUGUUAAUUUUUUUGUAUAGUAACACUUAGCAUGCUCCGAUGUCUUUGUUAGUGACAGUGCAUUACAGUAGUACUGUACGAGUGUUGUGAUCGGUAGCAAGCCAUUUUUGAAAUUGCAUUGCCUUUAUUAAGUCUCCCUGUUAAGGGAGGAAAUUAAACUAUAUUUUUGUUAAUUCUAAUACUGUACAAAUUGUAAAAUUUGUUCUUGUUUCAGUUAAGCUUGAAACGUUUUAUUGCUUUGUGUAUAGUUAUACUUUUUUGUAACAAAGUUCUUAAAAUGAGGCAGCUUUCCGUUUUAUAAUGCAAACUAAAGCAUAUCUCAGUGUUUGUAUGCAUACAUUUUAAAGGAGUCUUGGCAUAAGAGACACUCAUAACAGACAUAAAUUUAUUUUACAAAAAUGCCUUUAACACUUUUUCAUUCCAUGUGUAGAUUUGUUUUCUAUCUUUAUAAGAAUGUCAGAUUUAUAUUUUAUGGAAGCGUAGAUGAGCCGGCUGUGAAUAGACCAAGCUACGAUGAGACACGGCAUGUAAAAUGCAAGUGUUACUUGUGUCUGUUUAUAUAUACAAUUUUUUUUGUAGCCUUUGUACCUGUACAGAGUGGCUGGGUGGGUGUGGGGCUGCGGCGUGUACAGAGUGGGACAGAGUAACAGAAUGUCUUGUAUUUAUGAUUCACCUUUCUAGUCAGUCACUUAAAUGCUGUACAUUUUAGCAGAAAAUAAAUUAUGCUGAACCACUGAA